AUGGCGAGUUUCACUUCGCAAGUUUCAUUUGUUUUGCCCUUUCUGCUAUUUGCAGCAACAUUCGACGGAAACAAAUGUGGCACAAACAGUUCAAUUCGUUGCAACAAUAAUGAUCAAAGACUCCUUUUGAUCUUCAGGGAAGGAGCUGUAGAUCCUUCAAACAAACUCACCUCAUGGGCUGGUGAAGAAGAUUGCUGUUCAUGGGUUGGAGUUCUCUGUAACAACGACACAGGCAGAGUCACAGGGCUUCAUCUUGCUGGCCAAGGAUUACGAGCCAAAUUCUUUGCUGCUCUAAAAUACCUUGACUUUGCAAUGAAUCCAGAGUUGACCAUAAAUGAUCUUCAUUGGCUUUAUCAACUUUCUUCCUUAGAAUAUCUUGACCUGAGUUACAUUGAUAUUGGAAAUGAAAGCAAAUGGCUCCGCUAUAUGGAUAUGCUUCCUUCACUAUCCGAGUUACACUUGAGAGGUUGUGGUCUGAGAGAUUAUCCAUUCCUCAACCAUGUCAAUUUUACAAAGCUUGUAAGUCUUGAUCUUUCUAUCAACCCUUUACAUAAUUCGUUCUUUAAUUUCACAAGAGAUAUCUUUGAUCUUGACCUCAGCAGAAACAACUUGCAUGGGCAAGUAUAUGUUUUUGAUCCUGAUUGGAUCCCACAAUUUCAACUCAAGGAUUUGGAUAUGGGUAAAACAAGCAUAGGUCCUAAUGUUCUAACAUGGCUAUAUUGGCAGAGAUCUCCACAAUAUCUAGACAUUUCAAGAUCAGGGAUUUCAACAAUUGAUGCAAAUGUAUUUUGGAGCUUUUUAGCAGGAAUUGAUGUUGUUGAUAUCUCAAACAACUUGAUUGGUGAUGACAUAUCCAAUUGGGCUUCUGGGGAAUUAGUGGUUCUCUCUUCUUCAUCAGAGCAUGGAGACAGCUUUUUCGAUGGUUAG